GACACCAGAGAACAAGCAGGGAGACUCCUCCAGACCCCCUCAGAUCACACUCACACUCUCCAAGAUGGUGUCCCACAAGGUUGUGGCUGCCCUGCUGGUGGUACACACAGCUGCCAUGCUGGCCUCCCAGACAGAAGCCUUCGUCCCCAUCUUCACCUACGGUGAACUCCAGAGGAUGCAGGAAAGGGAACGGAAUAAAGGGCAAAAGAAAUCCCUGAGUGUCUGGCAGAGGUCUGAGGAGCCAAGUGCUGUAGAUCUCAUGGAACCUACUGAGGAAGAAGGAAACGAAGUGAUCAAGCUGACUGCUCCUGUGGAAAUUGGAAUGAGGAUGAACUCCAGGCAGCUAGAAAAGUACUGGGCUGCCCUGGAAGGGCUGCUGAGCAAGGUGCUAGUGUCUACCCAGAAUGCCAAGUGACAGCCCCGCUCUGCAGAGAAGGUGGACAGAUCUGGGAGCCCCUUCCCACCUGACUGAGACUCUAGAAAUUUGCACUGCCCACCAGCUGGGCACAGAAGGAAAACACCCUUUCCAAAGCACAUUCCCCUCCAGCAAAUAAAGCAUGAAAUACACAAAAAUGACUCUUAUUUAAUAUUUUAAUUUCUAAAGGGCAAACUCAGGUCUUGAGGAAAGGGGAGAAAAAGUAAAGCUCAGAGGGAGCUGGCCAUAAAUGGUACAUAUAUUAGUGAAAUGUGUGCUUUUUGUGAGUUCUAAGUUCAAAUAUUAAUUCAGAUCCAGGGAACUGGAAGAUUCUCACUGACCCUUCCAGCAGAGGUGAGGAAACUGAAGCUCUGAGAGAGGGCAUUUUCUGCCCCCCACACUGAGUCAGUGGCAAAGCAAGGACCAGAAUUCAGGUCUCCUGCAUCCUGGUCUGAUUCCUGCUUACUGGUUUUCUGUUUACUCAUGUACUAGAGGUUUAAUGGACCAAAGGAUUUUAAGGCCUCUGCACUCAACUGCUUGCUGAGUAACUUCCAACUAGCCCUUUAACCUCAAUGAGCCUUUGCAAAAGCAAGGUGGUAAUAUCCGCCUAGAGAUCUGGGGACAGAGGCAGCAGCACAGAGCAAAUUAUUAUUAUUAUUAUUAUUAUCACCUUGUGGCUACAUGCUCCAGCAUCCACAGCAAAAUUAUACAGCCAACCCACUUAUUUCUGCCUUCUAAACAAAACUGGAUGGGGAAUUUUAUUCUAAUUUAAUUUUACAUUAAUGAAUGUUCAUUUAUUUAUAAACUGGGGCCAUGUAGGAACCACAGCUCCUUCCAUCCAUAGGUCACCAGCAAUUAGACACAGUGACUAUUCUGUAUUUCCACCCACCCCAAUUGCUGCUGAGCCUUAGCCAUGGAAAGUAGUUACCAGAACAAAACUCUAACCCUUACAAAGGACCUUCAUUUGGGGUGCUCUGAAUUCUUCUGAGGAACACCCAAACCUUCCAGGGGACCCAGACCCUGCCCUACUGCACAGUCACGCACAUUUCCGGUGCAUAUACUGAUCAACCCAAGAACAGCUGCAGGUUCUUAGGAAAUGCUGCCAAGACACCCAGUAAUAAAUGGAGAGAGGAGACUGCUGCAGAGGGCAUGUGGGGAGAACAGGGAGGGAAAGACACAGAAAUCUAGAAAGCAUUCUACUAGGAAGAGCUGGAUCCAACUCUUCUUGCCUCUCAGAGUUCCCCCAUGCCAGUUUGACCCAUUAUCUGUAUCACAUUCCAAGAAGCAGAAAAACAAGAUUCUCAUGCCCUCUGCAGAAAUCUGCCCCUGUAGUGAGAACACCUUCCCCCAUCACCAGCAAGGGGUGCCCAUUUCUGGGGUGGGGCCCCAGGACCCAUUGGACAAUUUUCCCUGAGAUCCUGAGUAUUGUAGAGCAGUGCUGAAAUAGCCCCCAAUGAGGGAAGUGGAGGGCCUGGGAAAUUUCACCCAGGUGGUCUGUGUUUUUUAAAAUAGGAAUUGUUUCAGUGACCACAGGACCAGAGAAGGGUGUAAGAGCUACCCUUUCUACACAAAAGCUCUGUUCAAAGCUCAAGCACUAUAGCCUGAUGUCCCUGACCCUCACCCUGCAGCCUCAGAUGUGCUUCUAGGUAAUGAGCCACAACAGGGACCCAGCUACCACCUGCAUCUGUAUGCACGGUGCCAUGGCUGCUUGUUUAGAUGUGUCGGCUCCUUUCCUCUCUCAUUUUCCUCCUCCUGUCACUGUUCAAUUUCUCACAAUCAGCUCAAAUAAUUUUUUUCAGCAAUGAGCUCCUCCAGUUUCCAGGAUGGCAGACUCGAUUGCUUGUGGGACAUGCACAGCCCUGGAAAAAAUUAAAAUUGUGAGGAGGCUGGGGAGGAUUCUGUGAGUUGAGCCAAAAUAAAAUGACCAUGUUUUCACAAAAUGGAAGAAAAGAGAGACACACUCCUGGUUAAAGCUACAGAACGAGUGGGACCAGAAACCAGCCAGGAUCAGAAGCAGGUUAGGUACCCAGAGUAACCAGCAGGGCAAGGACACUGUUCCUCUUCAUAUCUUGCGAUGUUUACCAAGCAAAAUCUCCAAGAGUCUCUCCAGAUACCUGGCAAUUACAGAGAGGUACAGAUUACCCUAUCUUCAUUUGGAAUGUACUUUAUACUUAACAGGACCACAGGUAAUUAUAGGGCAACUUGAACCUAGCUUCACAAGAUGGAGAUGAUGAGGCAUUUUCUCAGUAAACACAUUGGUGUGAUUUUAGAAUUACUGAGCUACGUGAAUUUGCCAUGAAAUUGAAUAGUUAAAAGCAAAGAGUAAUUGCCUGAUAUCUGCAUGCUGUAAUUUAGUAUAAUCUAAUCAUGGACAAAGACCAGAAGAAAAUGUUCUGAAAUCAUUACAUUUUUCUUCACACACAAUUUGUUAUUGACAUGGGGUAAUGUAUUCCAUGUCUUGAAAGCAACUCUUACCCACCAAUAUCAAAGUGUGAGAGCUGUCAAAAGAGGGAGAGUUCUGUUUAAUUUUUAACAAAUUAAGAAAAGCAGGUGGCAUAACUGCCCUUUAAACCCAUUUUGGUCUGGGUGCAGUGGCUCAUGCCUGUAAUCCCAGCACUCUAGGAGGCUGAGGGGCGAGAACUGCUUGAGGUCAGGAGUUUGAGAUCAGCCUGAGCAAAAGUGAGAUUCAG